AUGUUUGUCCAGCUGCCUACAACACUGAUCAUGUGCCUGACCAUCACGCUUGGUGUUUGCAUGUUCCCCGGACAUCACUGGGGGGAAUGGAAUGACUCCCAGCUCCUCCCAACCAUUCAGAAGCUGAUGAAAGGAUACAACCGCUACCUAAGACCCAAUUUCAAUGAGGGUCCUGUGGAAAUUGGGAUGAGCCUCGACAUAGCAAGCAUCGAUGCCAUCUCUGAAAUCAAUAUGGACUACACUGCAACUAUUUUCCUGCGACAGCGGUGGCGUGAUUCCAGACUGGUGUUCCCAGGGAAUGAGAGUGUCAGCGUGGAUGGGCGCCUGGUUUCACUGCUCUGGAUUCCCGACACCUUCAUUCCUGACUCAAAGCGAUCCUUCCUGCAUGACGUGACGGUGGAAAAUCGUCUCAUACGCAUCUUCAGCAACGGAACGGUUCUCUACGCACUUCGCAUCACAGCUACCAUCGCCUGCAACAUGGACCUCACCAAAUACCCCAUGGACAGACAGGUGUGCACCCUGCAGCUAGAAAGCUGGGGCUACAACCUGCAGGAUGUUGUUUUUUACUGGACCAGAGGGAAUGAUUCCGUCAAGGGUCUGGACACACUGCGGCUGGCUCAGUAUAGUGUGGAGAGCUACUACACAUCCGUUUCAGAGGCUGUGUACGAGACCGGACAAUACCCCAAACUGGUGCUGCAUUUUUCACUACGGAGGAACGUGUUGUUCUUUAUCUUGGAGACGUAUGUUCCCUCCACUCUCUUGGUGGUUCUCUCUUGGGUCUCAUUCUGGAUCAGCCAGUCCUCUGUACCAGCCAGGACCUGCAUUGGUGUUACUACAGUCCUGACAAUGACUACCCUGAUGAUGGGUGCUCGCACAUCCCUGCCAAACGCCAACUGCUUCAUCAAGGCCAUAGACGUCUACCUCGGCAUUUGCUUCACCUUCAUCUUUGGCGCGCUGUUGGAGUAUGCCUGCGCUCACUUCUAUACCAUGCAACACCAGACCCUAGAAGACUUGCACAGGGAUUUGGCGAGAGAGUUCAACGAGUCGAGUGGCAAUGGCUCCAUCCCCAUCGUCAGCUCCACUAAACCGAAGAAUUCUGUGAAAGUGAGCUCCCCUACUGAGGAGCCCACGCAACAGUCAGCCAACAGCGACAUGAAGACGACCACUGAACCCAAGGAAGAAAAGCCAGGUCAAGGCUGCAGCUUGUCAUCGCUGAAAGAUGCUUCAAAGAGGGCAGCGUCCAUCUUCACUGUGGAAAAUCCGCAUAACAUUGAUCGUCAUGCCCGCACCGUUUUCCCCACGGCAUUCCUUUUCAUCAAUAUUCUCUACUGGCUUUAUUAUCUCUUUCUCUGAAAGCUUCUGGCAAGCUGCCGCUGAGUUCAUUUCACCACCCCGCAGCUGCUUUACAUUCCCGAUGGACAUACAAGGGCAGUCGGUUGGAUCUGAAGUCACCAUACAUGCGUUUGGUUGACAAGUGAUAUGUAA